GCAAUCCCGAACCCCCGUCCCCCUCCCCGCGCUCCUUACCACCUGCAACAGAUCCCGGGCGCGACGUCAGUGGGCUCAGCCUGCCUGCAACCCAAGGCGGUAACGAGCACCAGACAAAGCCGCGACGGGGCUACCCGAGCUGCGAAGAUUGAAUCCAUUUCAUCCGCGUCUCUCGGCUUGGCCAGACUUUACCGAGCUCCCCACACACGCAGGUUGAUGCGGACGUGCGUAAGCGAAAGCCCAGAUCAUUAGCUUUUUCUCCCUCCCUCACCCAAGCGUGAAUUCUAGAGCCGUGAGACCAUCUGUUGGAGCUCGCGGGGGGGGGGGAGGUAGUGGUAGUGUAGCGACGACGUGGUGCGGAUGGGCGCGGGACAGUGGUGGUGGUGGUUGUGUUAAGCAGUUGUGGAUGUGAGUGGAGGUAGCCCGUCGAGAGAGGUUUUGACCGGAUUAUAGCUUCAGGGUCUUGCGUUGGUUAUAACCAGCAACGGAGGAGCGGCGAUCGGGGGUGCGAGGGUGCGUUGGGACUCUCUGACGUUGUCGGAAGCCUUUAUUGACGUGUCAAGAGCUCAUCGGAUCACUCCCUGCCCAGAAAAGCGGAAGCAUUUGCUCCUCACGGUUUUUAUCGAGCACAGAACCUUGCCUUCACUCAUAGAACGUCCACCCACGUUCUUAAAAACAUUUUGGAGUACCCAAAAAGCAUUGAAGAGUUUUCAUGGUAUGUGAGCUAUCAGCAGAUUUCAACAAAGCAGAAGGCACCAUCUCAAUCAUGACUCGACCGACGCAAUUGAGCUUUGAAGUAACGUUGUGAGCAUGCGUCAGAGGAUCGUGCUUAGAGAUUUUUAAGGAAUCAAUCGUGUAUCCGACUACAGCCCUUCAUCGUCGUGUGGAGAUUACUGGCUGCAUCGGGAGCGGUCCAGGCUAUGUUGUGUCUCAAUUCUUCUGUAGAAGAGAUUCCCCGUUGACACAGCUUCUUUGGAUGACAAGUGACUUCCGCAACUCCGAGUUCCGGAGCAUUCUAAACCCGACGGUGGCGACGCUCCACCCUGUGAUCUGUAGCAGACCAGGUGAGCCGUCGUUCAUCCGGGACGAACACUUCAUAAGAUCUCUGGAUCGGGAUUUUAAACCCGCCACGAUUAGAGAAAACUACGAUUUCGCCAGCCGGAUACAGUCGCUUAUGAGUGGUGAAGUUGCCCUUGGCAACUUGCAGGAUGCCCAUGGCGGGGCGGGGCCAUCAUCCCUCAUGGAAUCGUCCGGCCUCGUUCCGAACGGGCUCAUUCCUCUGGGGAUGCAGGUAGACCCCCAGCAUGACCAAAACUCACGAGCGCCGAGUCGCUACGAGGCACAGAAGCGGCGAGACUGGAACACCUUUGGACAGUAUCUUCGAAAUCAUCGUCCACCCUUAGCGCUGGCACGGUGUACAGGAGUGCAUGUGUUAGAGUUUGUGCGCUAUCUUGACCAAUUCGGCAAGACCAAGGUGCACGUCCAAUCGUGCCCCUUCUUUGGGUUGCCUCAUCCCCCACAUCCCUGUCCAUGUCCGCUGCGGCAAGCGUGGGGAUCCCUCGACGCGCUCAUCGGUAGGUUACGGGCGGCAUUUGAAGAGAAUGGGGGCAAACCCGAGAGCAAUCCCUUCGGCGCUCGCCAAGUGCGUCUGUACUUGCGCGAGGUGCGUGAGAUGCAGGCCAAGGCGCGAGGCAUCGCCUACGAGAAGAAAAAGCGAAAGCGAAUGCCGAAUGCCGCAUCGGAUAGCUCUCAGAACGGUGUAAAUGGAGUGAACGGCAUCAACCUAAGCGGUGUGGUCGGCGGCAUGAACAACGGGAAUGUGCAUGGCAUGCCGACGCAGCAGUGAGCGAACUGUUUGAACAUACGCAGUUUUGGUCGUUACAGGUUAUAUACAACGGCACCACUGAAGUGCUGGUGUCCCUCUACAAAAGGUGAAUUAUUUUUGUCACAAAGACGACGAGGACGAUGGUUUGCGGAGCUUCUGCAGCAAGACGGCAACGACGGAUUCUUCUUUGUACAUACAUGCUCUUAGACUUCUAUCUUAUCCUUCAGUGAAUCUGUCUAAACUCUCUUUAUACCCUACGCUUCACCUCCAAGCUUCACCAUCUCCAAUUACGUGUACGCAAGAAGAUCAAUCGCGAAUCGCUCCGUCGAUCUGUAUAGGUUCCACAAGGUAUAGGUAUAGCUGUGAGCACCUCUCUAUCUCUGCCUCCCUCUCUCUCGCUCGCUCUCUUUUUCACUUUCUCUUUCUCUAUAAUAUUACUUCACCUGCUCGAGAUCCACCUUAUUCAUCUUCAUCGGUUUUGCAAAAUAAUUGGGGCAAUCUGUUUCUACCUUAUUUUGCUGCAUCCAUCUCCGAGGCUCUUCUCCUGUGGAAUGGAAUAAAUACCAGAGGUCCCUCGGGGACGGAGGCUCCAGGAUGAUGAUAAAGUGUAUCUAGACAGUACUCCUGGUGUAUGGGAAUAGCUAGACUACUUGCCGCAAUUCGUAGGAGCCUCUUCGUCCAGAGGAGCUGUGAGGAGCUUGCCUGUAAAAUUCUCGCUAUUUAUGGCCAUUUCUUCCUCUCCCACUACAUUCUUUUCUUUCUCA